CCACCGACUUCCUUUGUUGUUGUGCGCGAGAUAUCUUGGACGGCAGUCGCGACCAUCGAUCUGGACAACGCCUGCCCACCGAUAUUCCGCCUCUGCUGUCCUUACUCCCCAUCGUCACUCUCUUUUCCACGCUUCAACAAGCACCGCCGCACCUUCAAUUUUCUUCAUUCGCUGACAACCGCUGGUCGGUAAUAGUUCCUUCGAAACGCGUCCACGAACAUUACAAUUGUACAUCCAGACUUUCCGAUCUCUUCAAUCUCAAAAUGAAGACCCUCACACUCGUCACCGCUGCCAUUGGCAUGCUCCAGCUUGCAUCCGCGCAACCUCACCGUCGCCGCAAUGUUCAUCAACAUCAACAUGCUAAGAGAGAUGGAGAUGUGGUUGUCACGGUUGUUGAUACGGUCUAUGCAGAGGCGACUGAGAUUCCUGAAGUCAUUGUCUACGUCGACCAAGCUGGCAAUCCGGUUUCUACUACAACCCAAAUGGUCGAUGUCCCUCUAGCUUCGAUCUGGAGCACAGCAUAUGGUGCUGCCCCUUCCCCUUCAGCUGCCGCUUCCUCAAGCACUAGCUCCAGCUCGUCUUCAAGCUCAAGCUCCAGCUCGUCUCCACCCCAAGCCCAGUUGCCACUACACCAUGGCUUUGGUAUCUCAUACUCGCCAUACAAUUCCGACGGCUCCUGCAAGACUCAAUCUCAAGUCAACACUGACUUCGAAUCCCUUUCAAGUUACUCGCUUGUCAGAACCUAUGGAACUGAUUGCAACCAAGUAGCAACUGUUCUCUCUGCUGCCAAGGCUAAGGGCAUGAAGUUGUUUGCUGGUGUCUUCGAUUUGGGCACUCUCAGCUCCGAGAUCGCGACUAUUGUCUCUGCUGCCAAUGGUGACUGGAGCAGUUUUGAUACUAUCUCCAUCGGCAAUGAGCUUGUUAACUCUGGUACCGCUUCUGCCUCGGCCGUUGUUGCUGCCAUUGGCACUGCUCGCUCCCUUCUCACAGCUGCUGGAUACACUGGAAAGGUCGUCACCGUUGACACUCUUGUUGCUGCACGUGCCAACCCAUCCCUUUGCGAUGCCUCAGACUACUGUGCCGUCAACUGCCAUCCUUUCUUCGACGGAACUUACACUGCAUCCGAAUCCGGUACCUUCCUUACAACCAUGAUCCCUACUCUUCAAGAUGUCUUGUCCAACAAGAACCAAGAGAUCGUCAUCACCGAGACCGGAUGGCCAUGGCUAGGAGAGACUAACGGUGUAGCUGUGCCUUCGCUCGCCAACCAAGCUAGCGCUAUCAGCUCCAUCAAGAGUGCUUUCGCCUCCUCCCCUGACGCUGUCAUUCUCUUCACUGCCUUCAAUGACAUGUGGAAGACCAACACAGCUGCUCAAUUCCAAGCUGAGCAAUACUGGGGUCUAGGUGGAACCAACCCUCCUUCGGGAUAAAUCUCCAACAGUGCUACAUUUCCUGCCCAUCACUCCUUAUCUUCUACAAUAUUUCACGCGUUGUGGGAGAGCUCUCUCGAGUAUGGCAUAUUCCUUCGGUCAGCUACUUUUGACACCAGUUCUUUCGUACAUAUUUUGCCGUGGCAGCCUAUCGACCUGGAACGACAUCUGUGGCUAA